AUGGGUUCACCGUCAUCAUCAGUUUUUGCAGAUUUAAUUCUUGAAAUUCUGGAAGAAGUGGUCAUCAAUAAGCUUGGUUUCAAGCUACCUUUCUUCUGGAGAUAUGUUGAUGAUAUACUCACAGCGGUUCCAGAGGACAAAGCAGAUCAGAUUCUGAAAGCAUUUAAUGACUACAACCCACAUGUACAGUUCACCAUUGAAAAAGAAUCCAAUCAAAGAAUUUCGUUUCUAGAAUUGGUUAUCAUAAGAGACGGUUGUAGUAUUAAAUUGGAUUUGUAUCAUAAACCAUCAUGGUCAGGUAGAUACAUGAAUUUUGAAUCACACCUUCCAUUGGCCUAUAAGAAAAACACAGUCGCUUUGUUGACUGAAAAGAUUUUGGUACUAUCUGACCCAGAUUUUCACGAACAAAAUUUCCAAUUACUAAGGAACACGUUGCAGUCUAAUGGAUAUCCUAGCAAAUUGACGGAAGACAUCAUUAGUAAAACGAAGUUGAAGAUUGCAGAAAAAGACAGCCGUUCAACCCACGAUCCACUACCAGCUCAUGGACUACAACAUGAUAAGCCAACUGCAGCAAUUCCGUAUUCCAGAGGCUUGUUUGAAAGUCUGAAAUCUAUUUGCAAAGAACAUUUUACAACAGUUGGUAGAGGUGACAACAAUGUUAAAAAAUAUUGUUUCAGCAUACUGAAAGACAAGACAGUCAAGUUGGAACAAUCUAAUGUUGUUUACAAAGUCACAUGCUCUUGCGAUGCCAUUUACAUUGGACAGACGAAGCAGAAGUUGAAAAGAAGAAUGUACCAGCAUAAAUACAACGCCAAGAUCAAGAACAUUGAUCAUAGUGCCAUCACCGAACAUGCUGUUACAUUAAAUCAUGAACCGAAGUGGGACGAUGUAGAAAUCCUCGAAUUUGAAUAG